CAAGCAGAUGGCUAGUACGUCCCAACCAGAGAAGGAAGUGGUAGUGAUUUCUUCUGAUGACGAUGAUGAUGAUGCAAAUAUUGUUAAAUAUAUCAAACCUGUCUCAGUAUACAGAGAACUUAAAACUCGCUCAAAGAAGAACCCAUAUUUACGUCGAAGGAGUUUGAGCUACAUAAUCAAAGGGAAGAAAAAGAAGUCAAAUUCAAGAGUGAAUAUAAGAUUCAACUAUAGGGAUGUGAGAAACAAAAAAACACUAAAAGCUGAAGACGUGGACAAAUUCUCUUGCCCAUUUUGCAUGAUGCCAUGUGGAGACCACGAGGGCCUGGGACUCCAUUUGAAGUCAUCACAUGACGCCUUUAACUAUGACUUUUAUCGGCAAGAAGAAGAUCAUGGCCCGGAAGUUGAUGUCUGUUUGAAACCGGAAACAUUACAAUUUGGGGUGCUAAAAAAUGAUUUGGGAAAUCCACAGCACAACACUUUUAUGUUUGUCUCAAAACGUCGUAAGGGAAGAAGAGAAAGAGAUAUGCUGAGGCGACUUAAACCAAAAUUUUUGAAGUUGCCUUUAGACGAGUUACCUCGUAGCACAGAAAAUGAUGAACUUAGUCAUGUGAACGAGGAUAUGGUCUCAUCACCACCAAGAGCUCACUCUCCGGAGAAGACUAGCGACGUUUUAACUACGACUCAACCAGAAAUAGCUGAGCCUUCUGCACCUGUGGUGCCUCCUGUUAGUGACAGAACAGAGUUGUUUGCUGAGUCUUCGGAGAAGGCUAACGACAUUUUAACUACGACUCAACCAGCAAUAGCUGAGCCUUCUGCACCUGUGGUGCCUCCUGUUAGUGAGAGAACAGAGUUGUUUGCUGAGUCUUCGGAGAAGACUAACGACAUUUUAACUACGACUCAGCCAGCAAUAGCUGAGUCCUCUGAACCUGUGGUGCCUCUUGUUAGUGGGAGAAAGGAGUUAGUUGCUGAGCCUUCUGAACCUGUGGUGCCUCGUGUUAGUGGGAGAAAGAAGUCAAUUGCUGAGUGUUCUGAACCUGUGGUGCCUCCUGUAAGUGGGAGAAAGAAGUUAAUAGCUGAGUGUUAUGAACCUGUGGUGCCUCCUGUAAGUGGGAGAAAGAAGUCAAUAGCUGAGUGUUCAGAACCUGUGGUGCCUCGUGUUAGUGGGAGAAAGAAGUUAACUGCUGAGCCUUCUGAACCUAUGGGGCCUCGUGUUAGUGGGAGAAAGAAGUUAAUAGCUGAGUGUUCAGAACCUGUGGUGCCUCCUGUUAGUGAGAGAAAGAAGUCAAUAGCUGAGUGUUCUGAACCUGUGGUGCCUCCUGUAAGUGGGGGAAUGAAGUUAAUUGUUGACCUUUCUGAACCUAUGGUGCCUCGUGUUAGUGGGAGAAAGAAGUUAACUGCUGAGCCUUCUGAACCUAUGGUGCCUCGUGUUAGUGGGAGAAAAAAGUUAACAGCUGAGUCUUCUGAACCUGUGGUGCCUCGUGUAAGUGGGAGAAAAAAAACAAUUGCUGAGUGUUCUGAACCUCUGUCGCCUCGUUUAAGUGGGAUAAAAAAGUUACUUGCUGAGUGUUCUGAACCUGUGGUGCCUCCUGUAAGUGGGAGAAAUAAGUCAAUAGCUGAGUGUUCUGAACCUGUGGUGCCUCCUGUAAGUGGGAGAAAUAAGUCAAUAGCUGAGUGUUCUGAACCUGUGGUGCCUCGUGUAAGUGGGAGAAAAAAAACAAUUGCUGAGUGUUCUGAACCUCUGUUGCCUCGUGUAAGUGGGAGAAAAAAGUUACUUGCUGAGUGUUCUGAACCUCUGGUGCCUCCGGUAGGUGAAAGAAGAAAGUUAUUUGCUGAGUCUUCUUCUGAACUUGUGGUGCCUCCUGUUAGUAGGAGAAAAAAACAAGUUGCUGAGUCUUCUUCUGAACCUCUGGCACCUCCUGUUAAAGGGAGAAAGAAACUAGCUGCUGAGUCUUCUGAAACUGUGGUGCCUCCUGUUAAAGGGAAAAAUAAACAAGUUGCUGAGUCUUCUGAACCUGUUAGAGGGAAAAAAAAACAAGUUUCUGAGUCUUCUGAACCUGAUAGAGGGAAAAAGAAACAAGUUGCUGAGUCUUUUGAACCUGUGGUGUCUCCUGUUAGUGAGAGAAAACAUUUACCUGCUGAGUCUUCUGAACCUAAUAGGAGAAAAAAGUUACCUGCAGAGCAAUCCGAGGAUAAAGGACAUGAGCGUCUUAGGAGUCGGCAGUUCUAUCACUCCCACACAUUUCAGCCAAUGACCUUUGAGGAAGUAAUGUCUAAUGACGAUAGCGAUAAUGAAGAUGAUGAUAAUGUUUUAGAUCUUCAAGAACGCCUGAGGUUUGAACGUGUUAUGGGUUUGAGGAGAGAGCAACACCGAUACAUGUUUAUGUGGAACAUAUUUGUAAGAAAGCAAAGGGUGAUCGCGGAUGGACAUAUCCCUUGGGCAUGUGAAGCGUUUACAAAACUUCACAAGGAAGAGUUGAAACGUUCUGAGUCUUUCGAUUGGUGGUGGAGAACGUUUAGGAUUCGCCUGUGGAAUCAAGGCCUUAUCUGCUCCAAAACCUUCAAAAAUUGCACAGACAUCAUGAUCCACCAAAAUUUCAUGAUCCAGAAGAAGCCGGAUGAAGCAGGUCCAUCAACCUCUCACCAACCUGCUGCUGCUGCUAAUGCCAACACAGAACAAUCCAUGGAAAUUGAUGCAUAACAACAGUGACCAUAUUGAGACAUUCAUAUCUUUCUUUUCUAUCCGGUUUUUAUUUCGUUUCUUUUUAAAAAACCACAUUUUCGUGUAACCCUCUUACUUGUUCGUAAAUCUGUGACAUUCAGAUCUUUCUUUAUAUAAUGUAGUGGUGAUGAAGACUGCCAUUUCUA